CGCCGCCAUGGCGCCGCGGGCGCUGCCGCUGCUGCAGCCGGGGCGGCGGCCGCGCCCGGGACAGUGGUACCGGCUGAGCCCGCGCGGGGAGCGGCCCCGCGGCCGCGUGGGACUCGGCUGCCUCCUCCUGCCCGGCCGCGUCCUGCUGCUGGGCGGUGCCGACCCCGCCGGGGCCUUCGCGGACGCGCAUUUCGUGGAGCUGGCCCCGCUGCGCUGGGUCCCCGCCGGCUGGCGCGGACUGAGGCCGCGCUACGAGCACGCCACCAUGCUGCCCGCCGCUGGCCCCCCGCGCCUCUGGGUGUUCGGCGGAGCGCACCCCGCCGGGAACCGCGGCUGCGUUCAGGUGCUGGACCCCGAAAUAGGAACGUGGGAGAGCCCUGCAGUGAGGGGGGAGCAGCCGCAGCCUCGGACAUUCCACACGUCCUCGGCGGCCAUCGGGGCCCGGCUCUUCGUGUUCGGGGGUGGAGACAAGGGAGCGGAGCCGGUGAAGGACCAGCGGCUGCACGUGUUCGACACAGCCACCCUGGCCUGGUCCCAGCCAGAGACUCAUGGUGAUCCCCCUUCCCCUCGGCAUGGACACGCUGUGGUUGCAGUUGGGACCAAACUCUUCAUCCAUGGAGGUUUAGCUGGAGAUGUUUUUUACGAUGACCUGUUCUGCAUUGACACUAAUGACAUGAGAUGGGAGAAGAUCCCAGCCACUGGGGAUGUCCCUGGAGGAAGGGCAUCCCACUCCUCGGCAGCAUUCCAGGAGCACGUGUACAUUUUUGGUGGAAUAGGUCCAGAUGGGACACUGGAUACUACGUACAAGUAUCACACAGGAAGGCAGCACUGGACGCUCCUGCAGUUUGAGUCUCCCCUGCCCAGCGGGAGGCUGGACCACGCCAUGUGUGUCAUUCCCUGGCAGGCUGGGGCACACGGGGACACAGGAGGGACCCCAGCUGGGACAGAGCCCCCUGUGGCAGCAGCUGACAGAGCUGAGCCCCUCCAGCAGGGCCUGCGAGAGGGCCGUGCUGAAGACACCUCUGUCCAUCUGCUGUUCGUGUUUGGGGGCAUGGACACCCAGGGGCACAUUCACAGGGACUGCCUGGUCACCCUCAUCGAGUAGAGUCCCCACAGCACCAGCCACAGCCCCUGGGGCUACUUGUGCCCCCUAACCGUGUCCUUACCCUGGGGCAGCUGGCACAGUGCCCCUGGGGGACAGGGGCUCUGCCUGAGCAGGGUCCUGCUGCAGCCCCAGCCCAGGGAACAUGGCAGGAGCCAAGGUGUUUUGAGGCACUGCUGGAGCUGGCACCAGACAAGGUCAUUCUGGACUUAACUAAUCCCAUGGAUUGGAUAAGGAUCAGUUAAAUAAAGAGACCAAAUUUCAA